AUGCCGGCCCUAGACCGGAUUGAGGGCACCCUGCGGGACCUGAGAGCCUCAAUGGUGACAAAAGCCGACCUACAGGCUAUAACAACCACCAUCCAGGACACAUUGCGGACAGAGGUUGCGGGGAUCCGCACGGAGCUUACCGCGCAAGCAGGCCGCAUUACCGCGAUGGAGGAGGCAAACGCGGCCCUCGCGGCCCACGUGGCAGCUACUGAUACAGCUGUAGCACGCCAAGGUGAGAUGUUGUUCUCCAUGCGUCGACAGCUUGAAGAUGUAGAUAACAGAGGCAGGAGAUGCAAGAUUCGGGUCCGUGGUGUGCCAGAAACCGAAGGGAGAGAAAACGCUGAGGAAAUACUAACAGAACUAUUCCGUUCUCUACUGCAACCAUCCCCACUGCCAGAGAUAGAAUUCGAGAGGGCGCAUAGGACCUUGAGACCUCAAGCUGCUGAAGACGGGCCGCGGGACCUAAUAUGCUGCCUACACUCCUUCCCGGUGAAGAACACCAUCAUGGCAAAAGCCCGGGAAAGGCAGACCUGGCCCUUUAGGGGAGUUCAAGUCUCGCUCUAUAAUGACUUAUCCCCAAUAACGUUGGAGGCCAGAGGGGUCUUCGCCCGGUUACAGCAACAUUAA